GACUGAGCGCGGGGGGAGGCCGAGGCCGGGUGGUGAAGAAGUAGUGAGCCGGUGCGGAGCUGCCCCGGGGGGCGGUCGAAGCUCCCGCCGCCUGAGCAUGGGAAUCCUCUUCGCUCGGAUAUGGAGGCUGUUCAACCACCAAGAGCACAAAGUGAUCAUUGUUGGCCUUGAUAAUGCAGGAAAAACAACCAUUCUUUAUCAGUUUUCUAUGAAUGAAGUAGUGCAUACCUCCCCAACCAUUGGAAGCAAUGUAGAGGAGAUUGUUGUUAAUAAUACACGUUUUCUUAUGUGGGAUAUUGGAGGCCAAGAAUCACUUCGAUCUUCAUGGAACACAUACUAUACAAACACUGAAUUUGUGAUAGUUGUUGUGGAUAGCACAGACAGAGAGAGAAUUUCUGUAACUAAAGAAGAACUCUAUAAAAUGUUAGCACACGAGGACUUGAAAAAAGCAGGUUUGCUCAUCUUUGCUAACAAACAGGAUGUUAAAGACUGCAUGACUGUAGCUGAAAUUUCUCAGUUUCUGAAGCUAACCUCAAUUAAAGAUCACCAGUGGCACAUCCAGGCAUGUUGUGCUCUUACUGGCGAAGGAUUGUGCCAAGGACUGGAAUGGAUGAUGUCAAGACUUAAGAUCAGAUGAUUUUUAUUCUGCACAGACAUUGUACCAAAAAAAAAAGUGCUGGAUGUUUGGUCAUCUUGACAGCUGUGAAUUAAUGGCUUAUGUGUAUUUAUAAAAUCAAAACUUCAUUUGCUACUUUAUUUGCUACUUAACACACUAAAGCCACCUCCGACGGAAACAAAAUAUUUUGAAGUUCAAACUUGGCUUUCCAGAUGCUUCCUCUGGGUGGAGUUCAAAUACUACAGCUGACCUUAACUUUAAAGUGAAAUCACUUGAAACUGUUUAAUAAAUAAUGUGUGGAUUGAGAAAGAAAAGGAGGGAUUUUAACUUCUACAUUUUAUUAUUCCAGUCUAAUUCAUCCAGUUGAAAAUGUUGACUUUAUUAUUCCAGCAAAUCAGAAAAGAAAAUCAGUGGCACAGGUAUUGACUUCCAGUAUUGAAACUUACUCAGCUGUGUUUCAGAAAGUGCAAUUCCCCCCCCCCAUGUGUACUGUACACUUUGUAUACUUAUACCUCAUGUUAAGGUUGAUUUAAAUAGGUACAGAAACAGCAAAUAGCACUGGCUCUUGUCAGCAUUCUUGAUGCUGAGAUCCACAACAGUAUGUGAAUGUCGAGCUUUUUAGUCCAGUUGGACUCCAUAAGAGCAGGCUGUUUUGAAUUGAAAGUACUUUAAUCUGAUUUUUAAUUGGACUGUGAAAAAUAGUACUAAAAGGGUUACUGCUGACACAUCAUUUGUAUUUUGUCAUAUUCUGUAUGCUAUUCUCAUGCCACUGGGGAUGGUAAAAUCUUUAAGAUUGUUUUAUAUACAUUUUGCACCUAAAAAUUACCAUAAAAAGAAACAUGACAUGGUCUAUUAUUGAUAAGGUUUUAUAUGGCUUAAUAUUGGCAUCUAGCUGUACUAAACAAUAAAAUAAAAUUGAAAAAGGUUGA